AGUGCGCAUGUGCGGUACUCCACACGUGCGGUGAACGUUUGGACUGGUUGAACGCAACAGAGCUUACAGAGUUCGUAGCGCGACAAAAAUAUUACUUACAGAGAACAUAUCUCACGUCUUGUUGUCCUUUCGAACCCAGGUGAAAGAAAAUACUCCUCAGUGAAGCAUUUCGCCGAGAGGGCCAGGAUACAAGAAAAAACUAUUUACAAUGACUGAAGCACAAGUGAACCCAAAGGCCUACCCGCUGGCCGACGCCACGCUAUCCAAAACCAUCCUGGACCUGGUGCAGCAAGCCUCAAACUACAAACAGCUCAGGAAGGGGGCUAACGAAGCCACUAAAACCCUGAACAGAGGCAUCUCUGAGUUUAUUGUGAUGGCUGCUGAUGCUGAACCACUGGAGAUCAUCCUGCACCUGCCACUGCUUUGUGAGGACAAGAACGUCCCGUACGUGUUUGUCCGCUCCAAGCAGGCCCUGGGCCGGGCCUGUGGGGUGUCUCGCCCCGUCAUCGCUACCUCAGUCACCAUAAAGGAGGGGUCUCAGCUCAAACCGCAGAUUCAGUCUGUUCAAUUGGCUAUUGAGAGACUGCUCGUCUGAUUUUUGUUGCCCUGUUAUGACAGUCUUCUUGUAAAAAGAGGAAGACAUUCCUGUUCCAUAUUUCUGUUUGAUAAACAGUUGUUAUGCAUCACAAGAAAUCAUUUUUUUUUUUUUUUACUUAGGACAGUGUGUCCACUUCAGUGUAUCAGUUUGCCAAGGCGUUGUCUGAUUCAUAAUUAAAUACUUUUUUUUAUGUAAACCUGUUUUAGUUCUU